UAAGACAGCGAACGAGCCCGCUUACUACAAGUUUCGGGAGACGAGCUUCUUGUCGGUUGCCCACAGACUUAAAAAUUGACAUCUUGUUGUUAGGCAAUGUUUUCGAUACGUAGCAGAGCUUACGUAUAGCUCCGUUCCGUCAGCUGCCGAGGUCCUUCCGCUGCUUCCGCCGAGCGUCGCGACCUCUGAAGCACUUCCUGUACGUAUGCGAUAUGGCUUAUAUGGCGCCAAGCCCCUCUCGACAAGCGGGCGCAUCGAGUACGUCGGGCAAUUCCGAUGGCCAGGCCUCCUCCAGAGGGCAUUCGGGAACCACGCGCGGCGCCCUAUCAGGUGUGAUGGGCGCGUCGCCCUUCGGUGUUCUCGCGACGACGCCAGAGCUGCCGACCAGCACGCUGGUGCUGGGACCCACGUCCAGCUCCCCUCGGCCACUUUUGCCAACGUCCGAGUCGUCCGCGCGCCGGCCCGGCCUGUCCCUCCGACGCGCCAACUCCAACAGCGCAUCCGGCGGCCCAGGCUCGCGCGCCAGCGCCGGCGGAACCCACAGCGCCCCUGUGGGGCGGCGCGGCGGCUUCCUGACAUUGAAGCGUGCCGGCAUCGUGUUGUUGCUGCUGCAACUGGCGUUUGGAUGGCUCGUGUUUGUGCACCGCCCCGCCUGGCUUGCGGGUGUGACCGGCCUCGUGCGCUCCGCACCCGCCGCCAUCUCCUCCUCGCAUCGCGCCACCAUCACAACCAGCACGGCGCACGCCAGCGACGGUGAAGGCAACGGCGACGGCGCCGCCGCUAGGACGACGACGAAAGCUGGCGCCCACGUCGCCGCUUUGACUUCAAGUCGGAAGGAGCGGGUCGGUACGACGUUGAAUGACCUGGCGCACCGCGCGGGCGUGUCGACAGAUGUGCCAGCCGCCGCCACCGGCGCAGCGACAACAACAACUAAGUUAACGUCAACAACGGCCCAGACAAGCCACCACAUCAGCAACAAAGCCAUGCAGCACUCGGUACGCUUGCAGCCGACAGCGGCGGCGGCGAUCGAUUCCAAAAAGGCGAACGGGGCGAAUGCGGCGGCAGCAACGGCGGCAGCAGCAGCGGCGGUGGCGGCGGCGGCAGCAGGCACGGCGGUGGCGGCGAAGAGCCUCAAAGGCACGCAGCAGGCCGCCUACCCGCCCUUCACGGUGCCUGUGGUGCCGUACGCAAACCGGGUGUCCUCACCGCCGCGCAUCACGGGCGUGGUCUUCUACGGCCGCCGGAGCCGUGUGCGCAUCCUCGACUGCUACCUGCAGCGCAACAUGGCGCGGCGCGGCGGCCUGCUGGCCGAAGUGGUGUUCGUGCGGGCCACGUGGGAGACGGCCGACGUGGCGUUCCUGGAGAAGCUCAUACAGCUGCGUGCGCCCGACUACAGGUCGCUCAUGCCGCAACGCUUGGAUGUGGGAUACACGGGCCACUACGCCUGGAUGGAUCCGGAUCAGAUCUACGUCAAGAUCGAUGAUGACGUGGUGUUCAUCUCGGAUCACGCCAUUGACCACAUGCUGGCGGCUCACAUGCUGAACCGCUGGCACCUGAUCAGCGCCAACGUGGUCAACCACCAACCGCUGGAGCUGCCGCACAGCCAGCGGGGGGCGCACACGCUGUACGAACAGGCGGUUGCGGGCGACAAGAGCAGCUGGGCUCCGGUCAUGAAGGCUCGCAAGGUGGCUGCUGCCGGCGCGGGCGGCGGCAACGUGACCUCUAGCGAGGUGCUGGAGCCGGUGCCCUUCAUCGACAACGGCUGGGACGUGUGGGGCGACUGGAAGAAGGCCGCCUCGGUGCACUACUCGUUCCUGGCCAACCACGCUGCCAACCGGCUGGGUGUGUACGAGUUCCCGCACAACGAGAAGCUAUGGGACUUCCACGCCCACAUCGGCUACACGCGCUGGCGCAUCAACAUGAUCAUGUUCAAGGGCGCCGCCAUCGACGUGCACGUUUUCAACAUGAGCAGCACCACCGGCACCUACCCGGGCGACGACGAGGACUACAUCACACGCAUCCUGCCGCAGCAGCUCAACAAGACGUCGGCGGCAGUCAGCCCGGCACUGGCGGUGCACUUCAGUUUCUACAUGCAGCGUGGCGGGCUCGAGAACAACACUGACCUGCUGGACCGCUACGCCUUGCUGGCAGAGCGCACCUGCGGCCGACUGCUGCCGCCCGAGUAGCAAGCUGCUGGGUUGCCAGCAGUUGAGCAGUAGCUAGCGGAGCUCUAACGAAGUAGCCAGCUAGCUCUGGCAGCUAGCCAAGCGCCAGUGCAGUAGUUGCAGCGGCUGCGGCUGCUUCAGUAGUGCUUAAUUGCUAAGCGCCAGCGCAGUAGCUGCAGCGGAUGCGGCAACUCCAGUGCUGAAUAGCUAAGCGACAGCGCAGUAGCUGCAGCGGCUGCGACGCAGUUACGCUGGAUGCUAGGCUCUGGCGCAGUAGCUGCAGCAGCAGUGGCAGCAGCAGUGGCAGCAGGCGCACGCGAUCUGGGGCUCUGGGUGACAACCAUUGAGCGUAAAGGAGAGGCGGCGUGCGAGCGCCUUCGGUGCUUGAGUGGCCACUGCCACAGCGGAUGAGCGAUCUCUGGCGAACUUGCGGCGGCGCCAGCAACCGCACAGCAGCAGCAACAGCAGCAGCAACAGCGGCAGCAGCAGCAGUGGCCAUGAUACAGUCAGUGGGUAGGCAUGAUAUGUAUGGGCGGGCUGGUACAAAAGGGCACACAGUCCAAUAGUGCAUCAUCAGCAUCAAGUAUUCAUUCACGGGGUGAUUCGAGGGAUGACAGCGGCCGUGGCGGAUGCGGGGCCGUGCGUGCGCUGCAUGGCAGUAAUUAAAAUGGGGCAAUCAAGGAUUGCGAGUGAGCGAGCAUGCUAGACAAUGAGCACGGUAGCACACAGCGAUUAAGCGCUUGCGAGCCUGUGAGGCAUGAUAGCACAAUAUUUUGUGCUGCUAGACGACACAGCACUGACUUGCAUGUGGCAGUGUGACUCAGGGCGUGGUGGGACUUGCAUGACAUGCAUGGGGGGAAGUGCCCAGGACCCUUGCAUGGAUUGCGCGCAUGUUUGUUCAAUGGCGUAAUGUGGGCUUUAUAUGGGUUUGGACUUUGCGGAGAUGCGGCAUUCUUCCUUGCCGCAAGCCUUGCGUAGGCAUGUACAUGUUAGAGUUUGGUGGCUUGGCUGUGAAUGGCCAGUGCCGGCAAGGUAGCAAACAUGCUCCAUUUGUUUCGGGGGUUGCGGUACAUAGCGCGGCGUUUUGGGCGAGCACCCCUGCAGGCUGCAGGCGCAUUCACUCGCCGUGAGCGCGGAUGGCGGACAUUGACACCGACUGGGUGGCUGUGCGCCAUGGGUGGUGGUCAGGGCUAGACGGGCUGGUGCAUGUCUUGAGGUCGCAGGUGCCGCACGAGAGCCCAGCAGUUCGCUUGCCGGUCCCGUCCCCCGGUGCCCGUACCCCGGUGCCCGUCGCCCCCCGCUUGGGGGCCUCCAGUCCGUCGCAGGCAUAGGACAUUCAGCCGAUGAAGGCCGAUUCGUAUUCACCCGUGCAAAACAUCGUUAGUCGGA